AACAACAACAACAAAAACGACAACAACAACAAGCUGAACCUAGCAACGCAGUCGCCUUAUUUAUUUACUGUUUUAAGUGCUAUUUGAGUUGAAGCUGAAGCUAGUUCUCGACAUAGACAUAACAUAAAUAUUUAUAUCCUCCAAUUAUGGUGCGCAUCACCGAGGAGCUGGUGCGCAAAAAGUCGGAGCAUAAUGAGCGGCUAAUAAGCACGCUCGAGGAGCUGUCGCUGCACCAGGAGGAUAUUGAGCGCAUCGAGCAUAUACAGAACUGGUGUCGCGAUCUCAAGAUACUGCUGCUGCAGUCCAAUCUCAUAGCACGCCUGGAGAAUCUGCACAAGCUGAAGCGUCUCGAGUAUCUCAAUGUGGCGGUGAACAAUAUUGAGCGCAUUGAGAACUUAGAGAGUCUCGAGUCACUCAAUAAGCUCGAUCUGACGCUCAACUUUGUCGGCGAGCUGACCAGCGUGGAGUCGCUGAUUGGCAAUUACAAUUUGCGGGAGCUGGUCCUUAUUGGCAAUCCGUGUGUCGAUUAUCCGCAUUAUCGUGACUUUGUGGUAGGCACGCUGCUGCAAUUGCAGAGCCUGGACUGCAAGGAUAUAUUACCCUCGGAACGUCUGAAGGCGCAACGCCUCCUACCACAGCAUCGAGCUGUUAUUGUGCAGUGCCAGGCGGCACAGGCCAUUGAACGGGAUGAACAGCGUAUUCGCGUAGCCGAGCAGCAGGCACAGCUGGCCAAACAGUGCGCCGCCAUUGAGGACGAGGAUGAGCGUACACGCGCCUUCUGGAAUGCCAAAAGUGAGCAUUGCCCGGAAAUACGCACCGAGAUUGCGCGCCAGCAUAAGCUCGGCAGAGAGAAGCAGGAGUCGCAGCCAAACCCAUUAACGCAAAAGCCAAAGAGAAUCCCUCAUCUAUUUGCGCCCUGCGGCCGACCCUACAAUAUCAAUCAGGCUAAGCUACAAUUUAAUUUCCAGGAUGAGGCUGGCCACUAUAGUCUGUUAUUGCAAGUAUACAAGCAUCUGGACACGUCCCUUAUCGAUGUGGACAUACAGACGAACUACGUGCGCGUCACGAUCAAGGGCAAAAUCUUUCAAAUGGCCUACAGCGAGGAGGUCAAGCCGGACGAGUCUGUUGUGCAGCGUUCCCAAAUCAGCGGCCACCUCCAGAUUCUUCUCAUGAAGCUCAAGGCUAACGAGCUGCUCGUCGUGAAGUCCAUGCAUGCCCCGAAAGAGAGUGGCAGUGCACCUGGUGUCAAGGAGCCAUGUGGAACAGUCGAUAUUGGCAAUAUAUGUGCGCCGCCCGAUUUGCCCGAUUUGAUUUAAGUGGAGAGACAACAAAUGUUUAUUUAAAAAUUGUUUAUUUAAA